CUUCAGGACCUCAAUGCAGGGCGUUUCCUUCUUAGGCUCACUCCUGACUCUUUGCCUAACUCUAGCUUAGCACACACGACGCACAUACCCUGAAGAGUGUGGGCACUGUUGCACUUGAAGAUGGCCCUUUUUCAGACCAAUGAGGAUCUAAUUUCUGCAGGAAAAAAGGAAUUUAAUGGUCUCCUGAAUCAGCAGGUCUUUAAUGAGCCUCUUGUCUCUGAAGAAGACAUGAAGACUGUAGUUGAUGACUGGGUGAACUUGUACACCACCUAUUACAAGAAGCACUUGGUGGGGGCGCAGCAAGAGCAAGACAGGGCUCUGCAAGAACUUCGGGAAGAGCUGAAUACUUUGGGCAGCCAUUUCCUGGCCAAAUAUAGAGCCUUUCUGAAGUCUCAGGAGCCCUCUGUACUGCCUUCAUCAUAGAAUAAGGCUCAGGGCAUAAUAUCUAAGAAACCCUGAAGUCUUGGCUCUGGUUUCUUCAUGUCCUCAGACCAUAUACUUCCACGGUGUUGCUGUACCUUGACGUCCUA